UCCCCAUUCACAGCCACUUGAGGGCGCAAUUUCAGUCAACAUCUGCUGGCCAGCAGCUCUAGCUCUGCAGUGUUGAUAAAUUAGGACUCAACUUUUUGUUGCAACCAAACACGGCACAGACUUCUUUGUCGAAGAGGAUUGAAUUGAACAACAUCUGAUGAACAAACACACAAAUAAUAACUAAUUCAAAAAGUGCCCCUACCGCAAGGAGGUAGCACCAUGUCCCCGCCCCACAUCCAAACCAUGGCCUACCUGGCCAUGGCUGGCUGGAUCAUGGCUAGCAUCGGACUCAGCAACAUCAACAAGUGGCUCUUCGAUGAGGAACAUUUCCGCUACCCGGUCUUUCUCACCAUGCUGCACAUGUUCUCGGCCUGCCUGUUCGGCUCCGUCGUGCUCCGCUACACUCCCUUGGGGGCGGCCUUCGGCGAGGGCAAUGCCCGGUUGCAGAUCCCGCCCAGGUUGACAGUCCGGAUUCUUGUCCUCAGCAUCGUCUUCACCCUGGCGGUCACUCUAGGGAACAUCGCCCUCCGUCACCUCUACAUCUCUUUCCUGAAGAUGGUCUUUGCGCUGUCACCACUAGUGACGGUCAUGCUGUCCCGGAUUUUCUUUCACCGACCUGUGGAUAACUACAUCUACAUGUCUAUGGUGCCACUCUGCUUCGGCAGCAUGAUGUGCGUGACGGGAGAGGUCAACUUCAACAUCUAUGGGUUUUUAGCGGCAGUGGGAGCAACAGUGCUCAGAGCGCUGAAAAGUAUACUACAAGGUGUUCUCCUGAAGGAGCAACGCAUCGACUCCAUCCGUCUCCUCUAUCACAUGUCCAUCCCUAGCUCCGCUAUGCUGCUGGCAGCCGCGGUCAUCCUAGAACCCUCUGCCUUCUCCCCUGCCACCCUCUGGCCCGGUGCCUUGCGUCUCCUCUCCUUGCUCCUCCUGAGUUGCCUCUGCGCCGUCGGCUACAACCUCAUGAACUUCCUGGUCACGUUCUACACCUCCCCAGUGGCUUUGCAGGUUCUCGGCAACGUGGCCAUCGUUUUGGACGUCGCCGUGUCGCUGGUGGUCUUCCAGAACCAGAUCUCCUGGCUCAGCCUCGGGGGAAUCGCCUGCAUCAUGGUUGGCACGGUGAUGUACCAGGAGGCGGGGUCGGUCAAGUGGUACGUCGAAAACCGCGUGUCAAGAUCGCUCAACGCGUACUUUUAACGAAUGGUCACGACAAAUGAUCCUCUGCGCAUAUGCAGACAUGAUCGUUUCUUCGCAGUAUCCUUUUUAAGUGUUGCAAAAUGAAAUAACUUGAUGCAUACAUAAAGUGAUAUAAAUAGUUGCAGUCGGCAAGGCUUGAGCAUUCAUUACACAUUAAACCUCCAGCUGUCUGAACUGUCACAGACAGUCAAAAGAAUCACUCCUCUCCCCUGCCAUGCCUUUUACACAGGCUAGUCGCCAACAGUCAGAUCAUAUUUAGAGCAAUUCACUGCGAUUCCGAUUGCCUGUUUGCGCACGUAACCGUGACAUCACUUCCUUUACAUUCCAAGCCCCCCCCCCCCCCCCCCCCCCCCGCUUUUUUAAUUGCUCACUGGUAUUAAUUAAUCUUAAAAGACAGUCUGAUCUGUCAAAGGAUCAACCCACACACAGCAGAGUCUGGAUGCCAGACACUAUACGUGUAUUUUCAAUAAAGUUGAAAUACAGCUGAUUAUCAUUCCACACACCUUUAGAAGAUGACAGUGAAAAAAAAACCAGUAGAAUUUCUUUUCGAAAUAUACAUAAGAUUUGAUCCAUGAGGUCAAAUUUUUAAUCUCUUGCCAUGCACAAUUUAAUUUUAUUUCUGGAAAAAACUUUUUUUAACAAUAAUGUGUAGAUUAAAUAAAGCCUGUCAGUUUCCAUUGUUUUUAUUAUCAUUUUUACGUACCUUUUAUAUUAUUUUUAAAGUCCAUUUGAUGAUCUUAAAUGCCUGUUUUCUAUGUAUACAUGCAAGUACAAUCUGAGUCUUUUUAUAAAGUUAUCUUUCUAUUCACACAUCAGCUUAUGUUGAGUUGUGACUAUUGACUCUAGUGAAGUAUUUUAAUCAUUCUGAAAUGAUCUAAGUGUCUAAUUAUUUAAAAGAAAGCAAGAAUUGUGUCCACAAUGUGACCAUGAACUUAGCAGUUAUGACUUCGUGCCUAUCUUUUCCUUCAUUCCCAAAAUUCCAUUGCGAGACACCAAUAAGUGGUGCAAGUAUUCUACGGCUAUGGUGAUCGAUUGUGCAAUAUUUAAAUAAUGCUGAUAUAAAUGUACAUAAUGUAGCUUACUGUUAUUAUUAUUUGACUUAUUUGAAGUUUGUAUUCUUGUUUUAAAUACCCUGCCAAGUACCCCAUGUUAUCCAGAAUGCAUUUGGUCAUUUUUUAAACGUGUUAUAUAUGCAAAUUAUUUUUUUUAAUUUCUUGUCUUUCAUAACAGGUCUUAACAAAUUAAGCCAUGGAAUUCAGUGGUUUUGGUUGUACAGUACAUGGUGCACAUUUUUGUUCAGUAUAUUUUUACCUGCCAACAGUCUACACCGAUCAAGACGGCCCAAUACUUACAGUUUAACGGUGUUAAUCUGGAAUAACCCUUACCACCCCAACCCUGGAAAAAAUCCAACCACAUUGAAAUUUGUUAGAAUCUGUGGAGUGAGUAUUGCACUAGUAAACUGAUUAUGCUUUACAUGGGGUUAGGCAUACCACCAUAAUCAGAGUCCAACAGUUUGGGUGUUGAGUUUACCAUAUGGUGUUGGAUUUUGCAAGAGUGAGGAAGGUUCCUAGUAAAUCACUCAAGGAGGUAGGGUUAAUGCACUUUUGAAAUAGCAGAUUGGUUUGUGUGAGCCCAGUGCUCUCAGUUUAACGGUGCUAAUUUUGAAUACUACAUGUUUUAAAAGGAAAUCCAGGCCAAUCUCAAUUUAACUCAAAGAUAACAAAUAUGAAAAGUUAAACAGCUCACCAAAUAGUCAUGUAUUCAAAAACCUUUAUUCAGCCCAACUAGUGACCAAAAUAUGACCUCAUAAAAGCAGAUAGUAUUAUUCAUAAAUAAUAUCCAUCAUAAAUAAUAUCAAUCAUAAAUAAUAAUGAGUUUUCAAGAAUCAAAUGCAGCUUGGAAAAUGAAAAUGGGUAAAGAACAACAGUUAAAGGUACAGUCCAUAUUUGUAAUGUGUGCAUUUUGUUCAUUUGAAGCAACAAAUGUGCUUAAAAUCUAAAGAAGGGUGCUGAACAACUAACCUGAUUAAAUUUCAGCUCAG